UGGCAGCCGUAAAAAAUAAUCGAAAAUUCGAAAGCGUAAUGCAAAAAUUUUAGCAUUUGUAAAUUUCUAUAAAAUGAGUAUAGUUCCACAAAGUGUUGCAAAAAAUGAGUAUAGUAUGAAAAGUGUGAAUUUGAGCAUGGCUACUCCACCGCCUGCUAAAUAUCGCCCCCAAAGACAUUUCCGGGAUUAUUUUGGUUAUGAUUACGAUCUACCGGCCAUCUUCGAUGGCCACAAUGACUGACGCUGCAGCGUAUUUGUAAGCGCGAUACGGUAAGCGUUGGAACUCGUUUCGGUCGAUUCUCAUUUGCUUGAGCUUCAGUCACCGAUCUUUUUUUCUUUUUCAUUUUCCUUUAUUUUUUAUUAUUAUUUUAUUUUUUAUAGUUAAGCGGUGACAUUAAAUGCUUUAUCUACUCCUGGCCAUUUUGGCGAAAUACCGUACAACCGGAUGUGACGUCAUGUGAUCUGCGACCACCAGUGCCCUCUCCACCAAUCAGGAGUCACCGGAAAUGGCACUGUGACCUGUCACGUGACCAGCACCGGCUCGACCAAUCAGGAGGCGUUUCCGGCGACAGAGGUGACUCCGAGGGUCGGCUGAGCUUUUCGCGUCCUUUUUGCACUGAUCGUCGUCUCGUGCGCGUGUCCUGCUGGCAUACGGCAAAAACUGGUGGCACCAAUCGUCAUGCCGAAAUACACGGAGGAAGAUCUGGGCAGAGCGAAGAAGCUCGUCGCGGAUGGAUUCACCGUCUACAAGGCAGCCAAGGACACCGGCGUGCCGUACGAGACGCUCCGCCGUCACAUCUUCGGCAUCAACGUCACCGGCUCCACUGGCUCUGGGCGACCGACGGUGCUGACGAGGACCGAAGAGGACAAGCUGGUGGAAAUCCUCGCUUACCUCGCCCGCCAAGCAUUUCCACUGGACACCAGUGACAUCUGCGAUCUGGUCCAGCAGUUCCUGAACAACCUCGGCAGAGAGACGCAGUGGAAGGACAACAGGCCCACCCGCUUCUGGCUGUCACGUUUCAAGGCUCGUCACGCCGGUGUCCUCGCGUCGCGCAAACCGGAGAUCCUCACCAUCACUCGUGCCAAGUCUCUGACAGAGGAAGUGGUUGGCGCCUUCUUCUCCAUGUACAACGGGGUGCUCGUCGACCUGGGACUCGAGGACAAGCCGGACAACAUCUACAACCUCGAUGAGACGGGACUCUCGACCGAUCCGCGCUCGACAAGGGUCAUCGUCCCCAGCAAGUCCCGUGACGCCUACCUGAAGACGGCCAGCUGUGGUAAGGCGACAUACAGCGUCCUCUUCUGCGUGAACGCCACUGGAAACUACUUCCCACCCUUCGUCGUCUACAAGGCCAAACGUGAGCCCUUUGACUCGUGGAUGCGUGGCGGACCGCCAGGAACGGCCUAUGGGACGACACCGUCAGGCUGGAUGGAGGGCAACAUAUUCGAGAGCUGGUUCCAGACCAUCUUCGUCCCAGAGAUCACCAAGAAGCAUGAUGGUCAGCCCACAGUGCUCGUCUAUGACGGUCACGGAUCCCACAUGACGUAUCGGACAGCAGCGCUUGCGAAGGACAACAACAUCACGGUGGUAUGUCUUCCGCCACACACCAGUCACGCCAUCCAGCCUCUCGACGUCGCCGUGUUCAAGCCGGUCAAGGUCGCCUGGGCGCAAAUCCUGAAGCGGUGGCAGCGUGAGUCACGACUCGUCGCUGUCGACAAGUCGGUGUUCCCGACUCUCAUCUCCCAGCUGUGGAAGGAACUGGAUCCGGUCCACGCCGUGGCCGGAUUCCGCGGCUCGGGUCUGUUCCCAGUCGACGCUGAGAAGGUUCGCAGCCGGAUGGUGGGACCCGGGAGCACGUCACGUGAUGACAUCCCGUCACCUGAUGAGGCGCUCCAGAAUGCUGUGCUCAGUGUUCUCAGUCCGGAACAGUCAAGUGAGACGAAGGCGGCCCUGGCCAACAAGACGAAACGCCGCAGCCGAGUUCAAAACAAGAGCGGCGAGGUCUUGACGUCAGAGUCUUCUCUGCAGAGGCUCGAGCUGGAGGCGGCGAAGCGCGCAGAGAAAGGGAAGAAGUCUCCGUCGUCACAGCAGGACAGGAAACUCUCCAAGAAACGCGAAGAGAAGGGAAAGAAGCGGUCUUCGUCGCACAAGAUCGAGAAGCCAUCCGCGAAGCGAAAAGUGACCAAACUGACGACUCGAUCGAAGUAGAGGGGGUAAAGCUCACGCAGGCUUUUGGAAAUGUGGCGGUGCCCGUUCGCCACGCCACUGUGACCGUGGUUGGUGUUGUGGCCAUUGUCGGUUGUGUUUGUUGUUGUCUGCUCAAGUCAUCUAUGUGUCUUAAUAAAUUGAAACGACCGGUAAUACAUU